UCGCUUUCGACAUACUCGGCGCCACGCGUGAGUCGACUUUCGUUGACGCGCGUCUUUUCGCGAGAGUCGCUCCGUGAGUGCCGGCAUUUACGAGCAGACCGAUAUAGAGCUUUCCAGUGCUUCCGAAUGUUGCAGUUGGAAUGAGAUAAGUAGGAGAGAAGAAAGAAGGGUUCGAAAAUAAGGCACGCUCUCUUUUUCUCUCUCUCUCUCUCUCUCUCUCUCUCUGUCUCUGUCAAGAUGGGUUUGAAGAAAUUCGAGAUCAUUUUUGAUAAUCCAUGGAAAAUUUAUUAUCCCGGACAGAUGGUAUCGGGAAAUAUAGUACUGGUUCUAGACGGAGUAAAAAAGAUUCGCGGUAUAUGCGUCAAGGUAAAAGGAGAGGCAAACACUUAUUGGACGACGGAUAAACAAACGUUGGACAAUACGGGAAACUAUCGAGAUGAGAAUACGACGUUCAACGCGCACGAAGAAUAUUUUCAGACAAAGUACUAUCUCGUCGGAUCGGCUUCUGGAAAUGAAAUCGAGAUACAGGCGGGUGAACACAAGUUCCCGUUCACGUGUACUUUGCCGGAGAAUUUACCGAGCAGUUUCGAGUCUGACUUCGGUCAUGUUCGAUAUACGGUCAAGGCCAUCUUAGAUCGCCCUUGGAAAUUUGAUCAGGAAGUCAAAGCGGCAUUCACGAUUGUCUUGCCGUUUGAUCUGAAUCAAGAACCCAGGACAUCGGAACGAAUCAGAGAGGAAAUGAGCAAAUCCUUUUGCUGUCUUUGCUGCACCAGUGCACCUUUGAACGUCGCCUAUUCUUUACCCGUCAGAGGAUACGUUCCCGGUCAAUCGAUGCCGAUAAGGAUAAACGUUGAAAAUUUAUCUAACGUCACCGUGGAUCGCGUCACUCUGAGCCUUUGCAAGAUCGUGACAUUCCGCGCUACCAGUCCACAAACGGAUACAAGAAUCGAGGAGAUGGUGGUAACGGAGGUCAGUAAAGGACCCGUCGACGGCGGAGCUACUGCCGAUUACGAACAAAACUUGGACGUGCCGGCCCUUCCUCCGUCGAAUUUAAAUAGUUGCGGUAUCAUCGAUCUCGAGUAUCGUCUCAAGGUCGAAGCGUGCAUCGAGGGAUGGUAUCAUCGUAAUCUAAAGAGCGAUACUCCCGUUUUCGUGGGAACGAUACCGUUGGUGAACUAUCAGAUACCAAGUGCUCCUCCCGAGAACAUAGUGUUCGCCGCUUCGCCAACGAAAACUUCUGAAAAAUAUUAUCUAUCUCCUACUUCGAAUUUAUAUCCAGAAUUACCGCCGCCGUCGUACGAGGAAUCAACGUAUGGCGCCAAAAAUCUACGAGAACGCGGCGAGUCGGAAUACGUGAUCGGUCUUACGAAUCAUUUCGCACCGAAAUAUCCCUUUUAUCAUUUUCCGACGGGCCAAUGAAACGAAACGAAUCCAUUAAAGGGAAAAGUUUUCGUUACAUUUCUAUCUUGUGCUGCGGAUGCAAAUAUUUGGAAGAAAUCUUCGUAGAACGACGCCGAAAGAUCUCCCCCACUAAUUAUUUUGCUCUCCUCCGAUCCUCCUAUAACAUUGUGUAAUUUUCCUGUCCCACAUUUAUACGUCUGUAUUUUUUUUUUUUUGUUUCAUCUCGUUUUAUCACAUUUUACUUAAUAUUACUUUACGACAAACCUGAAUUUUUUCAUGUUUUUAAAGUACAAUUUAUAUUUGGUCCUGGCAUCCUACCGAAAAUCAUAUUGUAUGAUGUGAAAGCUAUAAAAUUACUCGUACUGUGCAAUUAUACGCUGUAGUAUAGUAGUACGCUACGCUUACGCUAGUGUAUAACGUACUACUAUAACUUUUAAAUGAUAUCACUUGUACUGGUAUGGCAGUACGUACGCAACAAGCAAGACGUACAGGCAUUGGUAUGACAUACUAGUACAAAAAGUAAUGUAAUAUAAAAGUUAUAGUAUAAGUACUAUCGUAUAUUAUAUCUAGUAUAUGUAUACCAUCCUAUCAUACAAUUACGUUAGUACAAGUAAUGCUAUAACUUUUACGUUCUACGACUUCGUUGUAUAUACGACAAAACAUUGGACUAUAGAUGGAUCAUUAAAGAAUUAUUUGUCACGAAAUUAUACGACGAGGGAUAAAAACACGCGCAUCGAUCUAAAGUAAACUUCACUGCCAGCUUGUAAACGAUAAAUUUCGAAUACGUUUAUUGCUUUACAUGCAAGUACAAUAUCGUUUUAUACAUAUGUGUUUUGUAGAUUAUAAAGCACAGCUCGAAACGCGCAAAUAUUUUUCGAUUAUUACAUAUUAUAUUCGCUAAUUAUCGUACAGAUAAUAUUUUACUAUUACGCUUAAGAAACUAGCUUUCGAUUAACUUCGAUUUCGAACCCACAGCUUAUUUUUGAGGUGUGCGCACGAUAUUCUUAUAGAAUAGUACUACGAUUUAAUAGGCGUGUGAAAUUGUUGAAGUUCUAUGGACAAUCUAAUUUUGUAUCUAUCAGAAAUCAUCUGUAAGACUUGUGCUUUUUCAAAAUAAUCAUGAUUUUUCGUAAA